CAAAGACAGUGACACUGAAAGAUAUUUUUUUUUAGUUCGGAAAUUCUGAUUACAAUAAUAAAAUGGCAGAGGAUAAAUGUAAAGACAUAAAAGAUACUAAACAUGAAGAGGAUCAAGAAAGUUUGAUGGAGAAAUGCUGGUAUCCGAAUAGAGAAACUGAAAGCAGACCGUAUUUGAUCAGAGAUGCUACGCAUCGAAGCAAGUUGCCUCAAGAACCGAAAUGUUCUAUAACACGCAGUUCUUAUAUGCCACCGGUGUUUGAACAAAGACCUACGCUCGGUAUUAGAAAAAGUCAAUUAUUAAAGAAAUUUCAAGAAGAAGCUGAGGCUGAAGUGGCAGAAGAAAGGCGUCCAAAAACCCCCACCGGCACCUACAUUACCGUGUACGAUAAUUGUUUCCGGAUACCAGGCUUCGAAGUUGAUGACAAAUUUUUCAUGAAAGACGACGAAUUGUACGGUCAAUAUCCACUGUAUUCGGCUCCAUCUCCUCCGACCACUGUGACUACGUUUAAAUUAAAAAAUGAUGGUAGCGAUUUAACACCGGGAAUUACAGCCAUUAAAGACAAGAAUCAACCUUUUAAAAAAUUUGCUGGUUUUUCGAAACCUAUACAUGAAAAACUUGACGGCAGCUGGUGAACCUGAGUUUGUAAAACCAUCAAAGUAUUUUUUUUUUAUUAUUUUAUAAAUAUUUAUAAUUAAAUAUAUUUAAUUUUUGUG